CAGAACAAACAGAACAAAAGUUAUUCAAGACAAGAAGGUUCUCUUAGCGUACGAAACAUUCAACUUCAAGUCGAUGUGCACGCUACCUUCAACCCCAAUUACAUGCUCUGCCGUAAUUCCCAAUCUCUCUUUCUUCGAAUCUUCGGUUUACGCCCAUUCCUCCACUCCACCGUCCUCCCCUUUCCUUGACCUCCAAUAUCACUUCCCAUGCUAUUUUACACACACACACACAUUUAUAAAUAACACAUUGCAUUCUCAUCCCCAUAAUAACAUUCCAAUCACAAUUUUACCCAUUGCAACAUUUGAUCCCUUUGAACCAUUUUCAAGUUCUAAAAAAUGCAAGCAACCUCUCUACGUUCCCAUGUGUUCUUAUCAAAACCUCUUUCACGAGAACACAAGGUGUUCUCUAAUGUCACCACACCUCGUAGGAGCUUAAUCUGUGCAUCAAAAAGUGACUCCUUUGGGCACCACUACGAGGGGAAGAUGGUGGACGACAACAUGAUCCUUCUCAGAAUGCGAAUUCGAGAGAUUGAGACACUGGAAACGAAGGGUAAAGAUUCUUCCGACUGGAACGAAUGGGAGAAAAAGUACUUCCAGAAUUACGAUUCAGAUGUAUGUGAAGCAGUUGGAGUAUUGCAAAGAGUGUUAAUGAACACUAGACCUUCUUUUGCACUUGCCACAUUCGCUCUUCUUAUGCUAACCACGUCAAUGUCAAUGUUGCAACUUGCUUUUCAUCUCGUAGGGUACGCCAAGGGAAUCCUAUGAUAUCUGAAAAGGGCAAUGGACUGAGAUCACAAACC